AUGUCAAGGUCUUACGAUCGAGCACUCACCGUCUUCUCUCCCGAUGGUCAUCUGUUCCAGGUCGAGUACGCUCUUGAAGCUGUACGACGGGGUACAUGUGCCGUCGGGGUUCGAGGACAGAAAUGCGUCGUUCUGGGCGUAGAGAAGAAAUCAGCUUUGCAACUCCAAGAUCCUAGAACCGUGAGAAAGGUGGCCAUGUUGGAUGAUCACAUAUGUGUCGCUUUUGCAGGCUUAACGGCUGACGGGCGUAUCCUCAUUGACCGCGCGCGAAUUGAAUGUCAGUCACAUCGAUUGACGGUGGAAGAUCCCGUAAGCGUGGAGUAUAUCACCAAAUACGUUGCGGGUAUUCAACAGAAAUACACUCAAUCCGGUGGUGUGCGACCAUUCGGAAUCUCCACCCUCAUUGUCGGUUUUGAUCCUCACGACACCAUUCCCCGAUUAUAUCAAACCGAGCCUAGUGGUAUAUACUCUGCUUGGAAGGCGUGUGCUAUCGGUCGAUCAUCCAAGACGGUCCGAGAAUUCCUCGAGAAAAACUUCACGGAAGGUCUUGAGCGUGACGAAGCUAUCAAAUUGACUGUCAAGAGUCUUCUCGAGGUGGUUCAGACGGGUGCGAAGAACAUUGAAAUCAGCGUAAUGGAGUCUUAUGGUGUGAUCACUAACCUGGAACAAACGGAGAUUGAGAAAAUUGUGGCUACUAUCGAAGCUGAGAAAGAGGCUGAAGCGGAACGUAAACGCCAACGAGUAGUUGCCACUCAAGCUGGACAGGCGACCAUGGCGAUGGGUUCCAGUGCUCCUUCCGGUACAUCGACACCUCAACCUCCAUCAGGUGUUACCGCGCCCGGUGGGGAAUCUGGAGUGCAAUGA